CCCACGAGAUAUGGAAUGCCAAGGCAGGACCGUCCCAGAUCUUCUAUAUAACUGUCCCGUCCACACCGGUUCAAAGCUAAUCUUCUCCUGUUCUCAUCACACAGCAUCAACAAAGCAAGCCUUUCACUUCAAACCUCUUUUUCACUUUCUUUACCUAUCCCUCUAGCCCCGGUGGCUCUUCUUGAAUAGGAACUCUUUAAUCCUUGAAACCCCCCCUCCUCUCGACUCCGAUCCUCUCUAGUUUCCCUCAGCUCGAAUCCUUCAUUCAAAAUGCGCUCCCAGUCGCUUCUCGUCGCCGCCCUGGCUGCUUCCGUCUCUGCUCACGGCACGCUGUUGUCCGUCGAGGGCGCUAAUGGCGUCACCAUGCCCGGUCUCACCAUCGCUGAUGGAACUCCCCGUGACUGCACUUCCAACGGCUGCGGCUCCCAGGCCGACACCGCCAUCAUCCGUGACCGCGAGAUCGCCUCCGGCGAGGUCGGUCCUCUCGGCCGCACUCAGGGCAACGGCCCCGUUGACGCCUCGGUCAUGAUCAACAACUUCAUGGGUGGAUCUGCCGCCCCCAAGAACAACGGCAAGUCCGCAGCCACCGGCGUCGAGGACGAUAUCCCCAACAUGAAGCGUGCCGAGCUCCACGUCCGCCAGGGCCUCGCCGGUCUCCUCGGAGGCGGUGGCAAGAACAAGGGCAAGCAACAGAGCGGCCCCCCCGAGGCCCGCGUCGCUGCCACCGCCGGCAUGGGCGCCUCCCAGGGUAUGCCCACCUGCGCUGACGACGGCACCAUCACCAUGACCUUCCGCCAGAUCAACCAGGACGGCGCCGGUCCCCUGACCGCCGACGUUGACGGCACUUCGGGCGGCACCAAGGAGGAGGCCAUGCAGAGCGCCAAGGUCACUAUCGACGUCCCGGGCCUCGGCAUCCAGGGCCUUUCCCUCGCCACCAACACCGAGUUCCCCGUCAAGGUCCAGAUGCCCGCCGGCAUGACCUGCGACGCCACCGUCGGCAUGGCCACCAACGUUUGCGUCGUCCGCGUCCGCAACGGUGCCGCUGCCGGCCCCUUUGGCGGCUCUGCUGCCUUCACCCAGACCGCCGCUGGCCGCAAGCGCGCUAUCGCCUACCGCCUCAAGAAGCGCAUGGAGCUCAACAACCGUGCAUAA